ACACUACAUACAUGCAACUGCUAAUGUUAUGUAAGACUAUUUUUAAGUUGAUGUUAACAUGAAGCUAUUUAGGCAGCACACAUCUUGGUCAAGAUUUUCAUAUUAGAACCGACAAAAGUAAAAAGAAUAAGAACAGAUCAGGCCAAGACAGACCCAGAAGCUAGUAUUACCAGCCUGAUAUAUCUCAACGUGGAGCCACACUAUGUUUCAGUCUCAAUGAUCCAAUCUACCACUACCACCAGAGAGUAAGCCAGAACUGCUACGGAGAGAGCCCAUUGAUCCCCCCUACUAUUACAUACUGCACCUUGCUUUUGUAAAUAUUUUCACUUGGUGAUCCAGAUUAUUAAUGUAAACUUGUUUAAUUUUUCAUGUCUCUAAUAUGAUCACAAUUAUCACGCAGAGGCACAAAAUUAUUUUGCUUUACUAUAUUUCUAUGUGAAAUAAAAGUUUAUGAAUGUUAUACGCAGAAGUAUCCGUUUAAAGCGGUUCGGUAAAUUAAUGUGUGGUCACGUGACUUGAUACGUCACAUGUAAACCCGGGCGAAGAUGGCGGCCGCCGGAGGAGAGCCUUCUCACAGUGUCUCGGAUGAAUUAUUCCAGAACUUUUACACGGAGGUGAAGCAGAUUGAGAAGAGAGACUCCGUGUUGACCUCCAAGCAGCAGAUUGACAGACUGCUCAGACCUGGUUCGUCAUACUUCAAUCUUAACCCAUUUGAGGUUAUGCAAAUAGAUCCAGAGUCAACAGAUGAUGAACUGAAGAAAAGAUUUCGAGCAUUGUCCAUUUUGGUCCAUCCAGACAAAAAUCAAGAUGAUGUAGACAGAGCACAGAAAGCCUUUGAAGCUGUGGACAAAGCAUAUAAACUACUGCUAGACCCGGAGCAAAAGAAAAGAGCCUUAGAUGUGAUCCAAGCUGGAAAAGAGUAUGUGGAGCACAUGGUAAAGGAGAAAAAGAAACAACUGAAAAAGGAAGGAAAAUCACAGAUUUUGGAGGAGGAUGACCCUGAAAUGUUUAAACAAGCGGUGUAUAAACAGACCAUGAAGCUGUUUGCGGAGCUUGAAAUCAAAAGGAAGGAAAGGGAAGCAAAGGAUAUGCAUGAAAGGAAAAGAGCACGAGAGGAAGAAAUCGAGGCAGCUGAGAAAGCUAAACGGGACAGAGAAUGGCAGAAAAACUUCGAGGAAACAAGAGAUGGGCGGGUGGAUAGUUGGAGAAAUUUUCAGGCCAAAGGCAAGAGCAAGGAGAAAAAGAACAGGUCCUUCCUCAAGCCUCCCAAAGUCAAGAUGGAACAGAGGGAAUGAUGCAGAAAAUUGGACUUUACUAGAUCAAAAUUUACUGUUGGAAAAAAAAAAAAAAAUCUUUCUGUUCUGUGUAUCCUCACCUUGUCUGCAGUCAGCUGUGUAAUUGUCAUCAGUCAUCAGGAUGAGUCGUAUGACAGGUUCUUUAUCCAGACAAAUGUAGUUUUGUACCUGGGU